AUGAGCCAGAAUGGCAGUGAUGGCGGUUCGGUAAAUCGAGUGCGUCGCGCCCGUGUAGAGCGUGGCAAGCGAUCUCGCAAUGGCUGCUCGACGUGCAUUAGCAAACGCGUCAAGUGCGAUGAGGCUCGGCCGUACUGUGAAAGGUGUGUCCGGCUACACUUGACUUGCGAAUGGCGUAUACCAAAACCAUCGCUGGCCUCGAGACGACGUGGCUUUGGGCCCAUCAAAGACCGCGAUUCGAGCCUGUGGUCGCCGUCUUCCAUUGUGUCAAAGGCGGAUGAGAGGGUCCAGGCUCCCGAGUCGACCAUGACACCAGAAAGUCGCCUGCCUUCGCCUACACCCGAGAAUCGUUUCCAGCUAGACGAGUUUCUGGCAGAGGAUCUUUCUGGUGAGGAUUAUUUGCCGUUGAGCGACGUUCUUCCAGUCCAAGUGCCACAAGAUCCUGAAACGCCAUGGGAGGCACUGGCUAUCAGCACCGAGAAUAAUUCGAGUAACUCGCUAGGUGCUUUUGGACUGCUGAGGGCCCCUGUAAUGGGGCCUUUCUUCGCUGCCUCUGAUCUAUCCUUUGCUUAUGCAACUGGAUUUACUCCCGCCCUCGGCAGUGAUGAUAAGCAAGCCGCUUCGUUUCACUGCAAGGUUCUUGCUCCUCUGAAGUCCACGCGUAAUUGGGCUUGCUCGGCACACACCCUAUUCCUCAACAAAGCGUACAAUAGAGACAUGGCUUUGCAUUUCCUUCUUGCUGUCUCUCAUAGCGAACUGGCUAUCUAUUAUGGCCGAGGCUCACAACCACCGCGUGAAUCACAGGAGCAUUUUGAGCGGGGAUCCCGUCUGUUCUUGCAAGCUCAUAACCCCUUUGCGUCUCCCGAUCAUGUUGGCAUGAUGCUAUCGUUCUUGUACAUGUACAUGUUUUGGAUGCGGAGAGAUCGGCUGGAUCCCAUGAAGCUCAAGGACUUGAGCAGAGCAGUCCUCGCUUAUGUCCGAACGUAUGGGCUGGACACUCUCUGUGCUAGCGAUGAUGUAGGCACUUGUUCCGGUAUGAUAACCGCCUCGGAGCAGGUUUUGUUGGCCAGAGUGAUCAUAUAUCUAUACGAUCGAGAUGGAUUCUGUUGCUUCUUUGGAUGCGGCGGAGACUUUGCAAACUUUCUGAACAGCGACCCUCGAAAACGACGAAGGAUAUGGCUACGCUCGCGUACUGCUUUUCUGCUGUCUAGUGAAUCAGGCUCUUUUGGUUGCGUCGAGACUGAAAUGGACGAUGCCGCUACCCUCGAUGUUUACUUUGAGCUCAUAACCCUGCAUCAAGAGAUUAAUGCAUACAGCCAAGCUUCCGCAACUCAGUCUACGAUCAUGGAAUCGAGACUACAACAACAGCUAGAGACCAUUCACAAGGAGUACGCGUCACUAUUUCACCGAGUCACGGAUCCAAAGUGUCAUAGCCAAUGCACGCUAAUGGCAUUUGUCGCAGUGACUUUCUACUAUGCGCUUCAGAUAUACUAUCACCGUGCUCGCCUGUCUUCGUUCGGAACCAGGCCGCUACCUACUCGACUUCAGAACUUCCUCACUUCACUGGUGUCAACAGCAUACUACGCUGUUAAAGCAGGGCCAAUGCAGCUUCUUGAACGCUUUCAGUGGUCUCUGUUCAUCGCCGCCUUAGAAACCACAGACCCAGUCCAUAAGGAGUGGAUAGGCAACAGUAUCUCUGACCCUGCAAUCAGAGCCGGAUUCGACCAUAUCAAAUCCCUGAAAGAACAAUCACAUGGAAGUAUCACUAUGCACAUGAUUCGAUCUCUUAUCGACGAAGGAUUCCAGUGUCAUACUCGCAUUAGCCCUAAUUGGUAG